AUGGUACAACGAGACGACAUGAUCACCGGAAUCUGGCGGAUCAAGUGGUGGAAGUACCGAUAUGUUUUGGUCGCCGGCCUCCUGGCCAAUAUUCUGCUCAUCACUCACUUCUUUUUCGAUCAGUCCAUAACAGACCUGAGCCCCUUUCCACCGCCAAAACCACCCACCGAUCACAUUCCACCUCCCCCAAAUCCCGUCGACGGAGGACAUGCACCUCCACCAAAGUCCGAAUCACCUCCCCCCUCCGCCGUCGGGCCAGUCCUUCCUACCUCUUCCUCGACCUUCAAUCUCUACGACUACAAUUUCAAUGCCGAAUUUGUGGGCUGGCCGUUAGAACGGGUGUGCAAGGAGACGCAAUGGGUCGAGGGCCUGGUGUUUGUAUGCGACAACAACUCGGGUGGGAUAGGCAACAUCCGGAACUUCAUCUUGACAUGUAUACGAUAUGCCAUUGAUGCCGGCGCAACCGGAAUGAUCAUGCCCCAAAUCCAACGACGUUCGGAAGAAGAUCUCGCAAAUCUUUUCAACACGGGUUUUCAACCCUUUACCUAUUUCUUCGACGAGCAGCACUUCCUUUCGUCUAUGACCGCGUUUUGUCCGCAAAUUAAGAUUUUCCCAAGUAAAAAGGAAAUCCCCCAUACGGCCGCCAUCAACGAGGUCGUCGAGUUUUACCCCAAGGAUUUGGGAGAUUCGGAUGGUUGCGAUGGACGUGGUGUAAACAGGCAUCUCGAUCAAUUCCGAGGGAAGUUUGACCAAUGGAGAGUGGAUAAUAAUCAUAACGCUUCUUGGGAUAGACCAACUACUAUCCGAUUCAGGUGGGCAACUUUCUUCGAAUGGCCAGUCUACCGUGAUGGGCCGGAAUUCGCUGCCACUUUUGGCGACCUCCUGAGAAUCAAUCAGGAUGUGGAGGCGAUAGCAAUCAAGGUAUUAAAGGAGCUUUCACGAUUUGCUGGAGUGGAGCCAAGUCCUACGAAACUUAGUGCGCCAUAUCUCGGUGUUCAUCUCAGGACAGAAAGCGAUGCGCUUGGUUUUUGGCCGGACUACGAGGUGCAAAGUGAAGGGUACUUGAAGGAAGCCGAACACCGUAAUCUCAAACACGCAUAUUUGGCAUGCGGCAAUGCAAGCGAAGGCCAUCGGUUCGCGGAAAAGGCUAUGGACAGACUACAAUUGAGAGUAACCUCCAAAUUGGACUUACUCAAGGGCCAGGACUUGGCUACACUCCAAGCUCUGAGUUGGGAUCAACAAGCUUUGGUGGAUUACCUUGUUUUGACCAAGAGUACGCAUUUCACCGGCUGCUCUUUCUCUUCCUUCACCAUGAACAUCAGUUUCAAACGUCACUUGAUGACUGGUGGGAUCCAUACUCGACCGUGGAAAAGUCCCGGAGACUCUUUCUCCACCCUGGUUGGGAGGUUUGAGAGUUGGUUUGGGGAUUGGAUGUUCAUGUACGAAUGUAUGUGGCCUUGA